UUCGAGCUUCACGGAUAGAUAUCAAUCAAUCUGCACCGACAGACAAGGCUGUUAUAAUGAUGCAGGGGUGUGUGCGUAGGUUGGCGGGAAAACAGCUCGGGGGCAGCAUCCAGCUAUUCCGCGCCUGCGCACGCGCGUGUUUUGCUGUGAUCUCGUCUCUGUAUAGCGCGGAUACCGCCGCCACGCUCGUAUAUAGUUGUGAGUGUAUACUGCUGCAUGCGCGCCGUUGCAUGGCUGCCGUUCAUCCGCUCGAUCAGCAUGUCCGCGCCAUCAUGCAGCAGCAGCAUGCAUGCAUGCAGUCACGACGAGUCGUCUAGCUGAGUGAGAGCCGCGCGCGCGGUGCAGCUCAAGACGUUGCUUAGCUUAGCGCGUAUUGGCCGCUUCGGAACUCGAUCGCUGCUUAGCGUGGUUAUAGGUACGGCCAUGUCCUGAAUUCGAAAGGUGGUC